AGUGGCAACUGGCAACUAGAAAUAAAAGCAGAGAUGAACAGAGAACAGAAGACGUUUGGAAACGUGGCUGGAUGUGGAUCGCAGAAUAAUUAACCGGAGAGGAUCGUCACUCCUCAUUGGAAUUGGGAAACCAGAAAGCAGAGAAAAACAACAGUAGAGCAAACGAAAACCGCGGCGUGUGAAUGUUAUUAUAUUCCAUUGGCGCCAAAUCAUGUUUAUGGAUAAAUUCAUGCCACGCAAUCCCCAGUACAAUGUACUUAGGCAUAUCAAGCUUUGAGUUGAGCCUUCGUUUCGUUGUCGCUGUAUGUACAUCCUCUUUCAAAUGCACACACACACACACUCAUACAUCCUCCAGUCUCUCUCCGGCUCACUACUUACCUCAACCAAACAAGCUCACAUAGUCACAUAUAUUCUUCGGACCCAGAAACAAUGUCUUCUGUUCUGGAUUUUUAUCUUUGGUGCCUGCUAAGAGCUUCAAUUUCGGUUAGCUUUUCGGUCCCGUUUUUUUAUUUGUACUAUUUACAUUAAUACUUCAUUUAUUCCCCAACCCUCUGUUCUCUUUUAUUUACCAUUAAAAAUAUUAGGGUUCUUCUUCUUCUGGUUCUCUUUUAUAUAUUCUGUUUUAGGUUUCGCAAAUUUGAUUGCUUCAUUGCUAUAUUGAACGAGUUACAUACUUUUAUUGGUAGACUUUGUUGUUACUCAUCUUUUCUCAGCUGUUCUUCUCUCGUUUGGACUAUUUGCUAUAUUUGAGUUUUUGGGAAGCUCUACUUUUCAAUGAGGUAAGAGGAAGUAUUUGAUUGAGUAGUUCUGAAUUCUCCAAAGCUGUAGAUAAUGAUAGAUGAUUUAUAUAAGAUAAAGUCUUAGUAUUCUGAUCAAACAAUUAGAAAAAAAAAAAUCUUCCUUCAAAAUACCAUGUUUAUCUUUCCUUUUUUUCCUUUACAUGCGAAGUAACCCAUGUCUAUCAUCAAUAAAUUUAACCAAGUUUGCAAAAAGUUCCUUUUCUUGUUUCAUAUAUGUAAUUCGUGUGUUUUUAGUGUUUUCUAUUAAAAAAUUUAUGAGAACACAAUAAUAGGUUUGGGUGUUUCCCUGGACCCAAAUUUUGAAUUUUGUUGAGUUCCUUUUUUCACUUUGUCUUUAUAUCUUCAGGCUCAUAGGAUCUGUUUGGUUGCAAAGAUAAUAUAUUAAAAAAUGAAAAAAAACUACAAGAAAAUAAAAAGGAAAAGAAAAGAGAAUAAAAUGUUUAUUUAUUUUCUUACCAAAAUUUGAUUGAUAAGAAAAAAUAAAUAUUUUUUAAGUGUGACAGUUAGUGGGCUUCCACCUAUUUGCAUCCUGCACAUAAUUUUGUUGCAUUUUCAGAUAGUUUUACAAGGAACAAUAUUAACUAUUAUUUUGGUUGUAUUUGGUUGGAUACGAUAUAUGUAUUUUGCAAAAAAUAUUACUUUUUAAUGAUUGGUUCUUUGUAAAAUAUUAAAAUAAGCAAAAUAUUAUCUAAAACUAGGGUGGGAAUGGCUUUAAAAGGACUUUCCCCUGUGAGUAAUUUUACUUAGAGUACUCUUGGCUCUAUUUUUAAGAGUUCUACUAUGUAAAUGUUUCCUUGAAUAACUAAUCCAAUAAGACUUCGGCCUUAAAGUAAUCCUAAGGCUGUGUUUGGAUUGAAUGAAAGAGUAGGGAAAGGAAGGGAAAGGUAGGGAAACUAUUACAAACCUUGUAUAUGUUUUCCUACCUUUCCCUACUUUUUCCUUCAAACCAAAACAUAGCCUUGAAGUUAGGAGUAGUUCAAUCCAUGAUCCCCUUGUUUUUAAGUUCCAAUCAAACAUUAGAAAAUGUAACCAAAAUAUUUUUUUUAUGAGAAGUUAUUUUCCCUUACAAAUGUUUUAUCUAAAUGCAUAGAAAACUUUUGGAGUAAAAAAAGCUUGUUGUAGGUCUCACACUUUUUUAGGCCAACCAAAUGAUUGUUUUGCAUUAUUUUUGAGAAGAUUUUGAAAAUUGCUCUCAUUCCUUCUCACUUUUAGGGGUGUUAUGUAGGAUGGAUGAAAUUUUGGGUGAUGUGGAUUCAUCUACACUAUAGUGAUGGUUUAGAGUUGUUUUAACAUUGAUAAAAUUUAAUAAAAAACAAAUAAGAAAUUAGUACAACUAUUUUUGUAAUAACCUUAAGAAUUAAAAAAAAAAUGUUACACUUGAAAUUAAUUUUAAACUUUUGACGUUAUUUUAAAAUAAUAAAAAUUAUUAAAAAUGAGCCAUCCACGUCCAUGCCAUGGCGUGAACCAAUCCAUGAAAAACAUCAAUGGCGGAAAAAUUCAAUAUAUUCAGUUUUGGUCCACAAUAUAGUGUGGACUGAAAUGUUCCACAACUCCAACAAACAACUUCUAAGGUGUGGUCCCUUUCUAACUAUGCCAUCCAUGCCAAUUUCCACAUAGCUAAACACUGCCUUAGGUGAUGUUUGGUAUUGGCUUCCGUUAAUUUGAAAAAUGUUUGUACUUGAUUUAUCUUCAAAACUGAGAAAAAGCAGUUGAUAAAUGUUUUUCUAUUGCUUUUUGACCGUUAGACACCAUUAGAUGUCAUUAGGCGCCAUAUAAAUAUAAUAGUAAAUAAACACUUUGGUAUUGGGAAAACACUAAAAUGAAGUUUCCCCCAACAGUUGUCUUACACAAAUCAAGAGUUCGAGACAAACAUUUAUUUGAUAAACAGGCCUACUACAUAGCAUAUUGGGACAAACUCUCACAUGGCGAUGAAUUGGCAACCUGGACCCAAAGUGAACCAGAAUUUGCCAUACCAGACACCAUCUUAGAUAAGCCUCUUGACCACAAGGAGGCAAUCAAGUAAAGUGAGCGAGACCCAAAUUUUUUUUCCCCUUCUCAUUUCUUCCCUUCCAUUUGUUUUUUUGUUCUUAAGACCCGGUCUGUUUGUAGUGCAAUUUCAUUUGCAUUAAUGCAUAAAGUAAAAAGUAUGGGAGUAGAAAUUCUGUUUUAUUUUUGCUUUAGACUUUUCUUUUUAUUUUGUUUGUUUGCAUUACAGACCAAGUAAAAUAAAACCCAAAGUAGUAUGAAACCGAAGGUAAAAGUGAACCAGAAUUUGCAUUUUUCUCUUGCACUAUAGCAAAUGAGUUAAAGAAAAUGGCAUUUGCAUCGGAAUUAGGACUUGUAAAUUUGCUCUGUCUUAGGUUCUUGCUUACACCUAUCAGUUGACAUGCUAGGGUGAACAAAAGCGAAUCAAUAAACUAAUUUUAGAAGCCUACCUCUAGGGGUUAUCAUUUAGAAAAUCUUCAUGGAAAAAAAAAAAAACCAGUUGUACCUCUGCAUAUCCACUGUAAAAGUUAUACUGCUCUAGUAUAUUAGCUGUUGUACGUAGUUAGGGUCUURGAAAUGUGAGAGAAUAGGUGGUUUGUAAAAUCUUUCCCUCCUCCAAAUCAAAUCCCUUGCUCUAUUAAUCUUAAUAUUUCAAUGCAUACAUCUUACUCGGAGUUAUAGAAAAAAAUUUAAACUUAUUCAGACAGUUAAACACAUUACUCUCCAUUCAAUUGUAGCUAGUGGCAAUUUUAGCAAGUAUGGAUAUAACCAAUGUUUUUGAACUGUUAUUGGAAGGUCGAACCGUUCGACCCGAAAAUCACCCAGGCAAUUGGUUCCGUUUUAUUUUAAAUUCGGUUUUUAGCCAAAAAAAUGUUGAAUUAGUCAAUGAUUCAUUGGCUUURGUGGUCGAACCAGUGACCCGUUCAACGAUUUUAGCCAUUUUUUAUUUUAUUUUUUUUGUCAGAACGGACUCUCCAUUCGAACUGGGCAGUCAAACUGUUGAUCUAGAAACCAGUGGCCAAAACAGUUCUGGUAUUGGUAUCCACAACACAAGGACCACAAGGGCAGUAAGAAGUAAGAAGCGCGGCGUGUGAGUUUAUGUAUGGCGCCAAUUCACGCUCAAGGAUAACAGCACUGCAAGAACUAAGAAGCCUAACAUCCUUUCAUCAUCUGUAGUACUCUUUACACUUGGUCAGCUUUGUGGACGCCUGUCUCUUGAAACACUCGAAUUCAAACGUAGAUCCACACAACCAGAGAACGCCAGCGAGCUAGCGGCAGAGUCUGUCUGUCUGUCUGUCUGUCUCUCUCCACUGGAUUUAGUUUCUGGUACGUUUUCGGUUUUCGAAUUCCAGAUCGAAAUCUUUUUAUUUCCAUUUCUGGUUUCUUGCAUUCUUCUUUUUGUCCUGGAUCAUUUUUAUUGCUGCAACUUUUCAGUUAAGAAACUAGCCCGCCUUCUUCUUGACAGGCUCACUAUACAUUAUGCCUCCCUAGUUGUUAUUUUCAUGUUCUUGUUGUGUAUUAUUUGGUUUGGUUAGUUUCAGCUUUUGCCAUUUGUUGAUUCCCUUUUUGGUGAUAUCUGUCUCCUUUAGUAUUAGUAUUAUAUGAAGUCUGAUAGGCUUUUGAUUUGGUUCUUGGUGAGGUAAAUGGAAACAUUUGGACAAUUCUGAAUUCUUGACGUAUCUAGUUGAGAAGUGGAGAACUGAUUUAACAGAAUAACAGAACUCCUAUUUUUUCAAAUAACUUGUUGUUUGAAGAUGCCCUUGUCUUCUCCCCCUUAGCUCCGUUUGUUUCACAUAAGUCGUUUGCCUCUUUUAUAACAAAAGUUCUGUUUUCCGUGUCACGUACAUCAAACCAAAUUAGAAGGGGCAGAAAAAUUUUACGCCUAUUUUACAGGGAAACACACACAACCUUAAGGAAACUUCAUAUAUGAUUAUCAUAAAAUCAGCUAUAUGCGAUGCUUCAAUGUAAUAUAAAGAAUCCCUGCCAUUGCACAAAUAACUUCAAUGGCUAAUGGAUUGUGCAGUUUGUUUUUGGUUUCUUUUAAUUUCAUGCUAAGCUUUACUUUAAACCAUUUAAUCAUUUAUGGUCAAUGCCCGGUUUUAACAAUCCCAUUAGUUUUGGCAUUUUUCUAUGCCAAAAUUAUUUACUUUCUUCAAUUCCUUUCCAAUCUAAUUGUAGCACUCUAGUCUUGUUAUCAUUAGCUCAUAUUCUAUAAGGGUCUUUAUGGCUUUUACCUUUUCAGAAUUAUGGUGGUUACUAAAGCAGUUAUGCAGACAAACCAAGCAGAAGGUCCCUGGAUGCAUCAAGUUGGUAUAAUGAUUAAUGCAGAUUGACCUACUUAUUUGGAAAUAACCUCAUGGGACCACACCUUAUAUGCAUUCCAUGGUAAAAUGUGGCGAGAAGAAAUUGCCAUACUUGUGUUUCAUAGGUUUCAAAAAUUUCUAGGGUAAACCAUAAAGAACCAUUUCUGGUGAUUGAAUAUGUUUAAAAUUUUACACUACAUGUUGCUGAUAUCUCAUUAUCCUGUUCAUAGAUUUAUAGGAAUGGACUAUAAUCCUUCUUGGUCCUUGGCAUACACUGUAAUAUUAUAUGCUUUUUUCAGAAGUUAAAUAGGAUCAUCUGUUGCUUCCUAUGGUUAGUCUCCUCCAUCAUGGAGUUAUAGGACUUUAGAGUGUCAGCUCCCUCUUUUUUUUGGUAGUAACUUGUAAAAUCCAAUAUCAGAUCCAUGGAAGUUCCAGAUACAAAAACAUCUUCAAGUUAUGUGAAACCACCAUGGUUAUUCAAAGGAAGUGCCCUGUACCAACUCCAUCUUGUGAAAGCAGAGACUGCUCGAGCUUUCAUUCCAAAAGACUUUAGAUUAGUGGAAGCUUUUGGAUAUACUCUUGGUGGUUUUUUCCUUGCUCAUUAUGAUGACAGUCCAGCUGGAAUCUUUGAUGAGCUCGUGGUUAUUGCAGGAAUUGUAUGGAACCCACCAACUUCUUGUGCAUGGGCUGCUAGGGUACUUGUUAACAGCCAGGAGGCUUGCUUUCAUGGACGAAAGUGUGUAGGGCUUCCAAGUCAAGUUGCUGGAUUUUCAAAGAGAACCAUGGCAAUCUCAGAGAGGUCAAGAAAUAAAAAGAAUGGUUUCUUAAACAUGUUUGGCAUGGGUUCUGCUUUCUUUUGUCCAAAGAAUCAACUAGACAUUCAAGUAAUGGAAAUCAAAGGUUCUUCUGCAACUGAUUUUUGUAAUAUCAGCCUUCCGACUGCUGAAUCGAAAUCUGAUAAUAUGUGGAUGGGUCCCACUAUAAAAAUGUCACUUCCAAGUUUUAGUGGCAAUACAAAGUAUACUCCACACCUUCUCAAGUAUUCAUGUCAGAUCAGCUGCAGGGUGAGACCUGUGGUGCCUGCGAAAGUAUCAGGGCCAAUUUCUGCAACCGAGAAUGACAGGGAUAUGCCAUCCAAUAACCUUAGUUUCAAUUCUGAACACUCCGAAGUUGCACUGUCAGAAAGUGAUGCAUGGAAUCGUAGCAUUUCUGUGUUAUUGUCAAAGCCCAUAAUGGCAUUGGAGUUCAAUUUUUUGAAAAUGCAGGUUGAAGCUCCAACUAUAAUUUCUUAUUGCUCCGAGGAUGCUGGGAGGAUGUCUUCGUAAUGUGUGAUACUGUUUCUGGAAUCAGCACUGCAGUUUUGGAAGAUUGAAAUUAGCUCAGUAAUUCUCCUUACCUGCAUCGAGCCGAUGCUUGUCUUUGCAACAUUAUUCAAGGACUUCUGAGCGGAGAUCCCAAUCGCAUAAUUUAUCGAAGGAGUAAUAUGUGGAGAACUCUGGGGCUGCUUUUGUUUAUUAUCAAUCUAAAGGAAUGCGGUAUUUAAAUGAUCUAGAUUGCCUCAGCUUGGGCUUGGACCUUGGAGGCAUGUCUGAGUCGUUAAGCGCCUCAAUUGAUCAAUUGUGCUCGAGCAACAGUUGGGAUUUUAAUCUGUUAACUACAUUUGUAAAGAACCAUUUUACAAAAUGUUUACUCUGUGCUAUUUCAUUCUUCGGGAAGCGCUUUAAUUUUAUUUUAUUUAUUUAUUUUC